CACCAGGAGCCCACCCUUGUGCUGUUCACCGUUCGUUUCAACUCGCCCCUGCACACUUCUCCAGCCUGGAAGUCCCCAAUCCACGCAAGGAUCCUCACCUGCGUGCCGAGCCACGUUAUUUUCUUUUUGCCAUUAUUUUUUGAUCCUGAACCCUCACCCUCUCUCUCUCUCCCGCCGUCAGAACCUCUGUCACGGGAUCUGGUUGAUCUGAUCUGUCUUUCAUCCUUCUGUUCCAUUCUCUCUCCCUUCACAAAAGGAACAUCUCCCACAUCUCAUUUCGUCACAUCAGAUACGUCUUCAAACAAGAUUCUCUGCGAUCCCACACCUGUCAAGCCACCUCACGGUCCGUUUGACGACGACUCCCUCCCUCCGACGACUUACUUUUUUGUCCCUACCGCGCCAUUGACGACUUCUUUGAAGGCUGCGGACAGGCAUCCGGCAGCUCUUUGGCAUAGCGAGGGGGUGAAUUGUGACUGGUCAUCGCAAAUUCAGGCGAGAUUCUGACAUCAAGGUGCCAAUACCUUGCUCCGUACCUUAGCUGGGUGAUUCAGAUCGGGACCCACUGGAGCAAGGAGCGAUAGACGUGGAAUUUCUUUCCAGCCAGACCGCAGUCCGCACCGCAACUCUUUCCACAACAGAAAUUUCCGUCGCGGCCGGCUGUAGACCUUUUUUUUUUUUUGUUUUUGUUUUUUUUCCCCUUCACACAACAAAAAACAAGAGCAGACCGGAAUCCGAAUCCUCCUGCCCACACCACAUCCCAUCCCAUCGUCGUGGUGCAGCUACCAGACAGUGGCGCAAGUCGAGCAGUCGAGCAGCAGUCGAGCGACGUAAUCCCAACCGACCCCAAAGUUUAAGUCACUACCGCGUUGUGGCCAAGGCGCGUUUGCAGUUCCUCUGCUCAGCAACAAAAGCCCACACUUGAACCGUGCACCUGAACCGUGCCUUCACCACCCUCGCAAGCGACAUCAAGCGGCCAUCACCAGCUGUCGGUGCCGCUAUAUAUCGGGAAUAAAGGCAUCAAGAUUCGUCUUUUUUGACGUGUCAGCCUCCGUCAGGCUCAUCCUGAGGGAUUCAACUGAGACUCUUGACCCUUGAACCCACAGGGCAAACAUGUCACAAUCUCCAUCAGCCUCUGGUGCGAUGGGAAUUGGCAGUGUGCUGAACAAUAAAGGUGCCGCCGCCGCCCAAGCUCUCCAACAAGCCGGAGCCAUGCCUGUCGACCAGCAAGUCCAGCAGCAGCUUCAGCAGCAAGUUCAACAGGUCCAACAGCAAGUCCAGCAGCAGGCUCAACAGGUCCAGCAGGCUCAACAGCUUCAACAGGCCCAGCAACCGCUUCAACAGGUUCAGCAGCAGCAGCAACACCAACAAGGUCAGACCAUUCCACAGCAGGUUCCCAUGAACAGACCAAACUCGCCGCAUGGUUCCGAGCAUUCUGGAUACACAUAUCCCUCCCCAACCGCGAUGGGGGGCGCGCCAUUGCCGCCCGCGAACAUGGCCCCUGCGCCCAUGGGCAUUCCCAUGCAACAAACCAUGCAGCAGCCCAUGCCACAGUCCAUGAUUCCUGUCAUGCACCCCGGGUUCAAGACCGAACCUACUCCCGCUCCUCAGCAACCGCCCCCAAAGGCGUACCCUUGCCAGACGUGUGGGAAGGGCUUUGCCAGGCGGAGCGAUCUUGCGCGCCAUGAGCGCAUUCAUAGCGGAAUCCGUCCCCACGUUUGCGAUUACCCGGGAUGUGGGAAACAGUUCAUCCAGCGAUCUGCCCUGACCGUCCACCAACGUGUGCAUACCGGCGAGAAACCCCACCAGUGCGAGCGUUGCGGAAAGCCCUUCAGUGACAGCAGCUCUCUAGCGCGUCAUCGUCGAAUUCACUCGGGGAAGCGGCCAUACAAGUGCCCUUAUGUUGACUGCCAAAAGACCUUUACGCGCCGUACAACCUUGACCAGGCAUCAGAACCACCACACCGGGACAGUGGAAGACUCGCAGCGGGCUCGCAACGAGGCUCUGGCGCAAGGCUCCAACACCGCCUUGGCCGCCGCUGCUAUUAGGAACAAGCGCGGAGAUAGCGAACAGGCGUCCAACCAGGAGUCGCCCAUCACGACACCCUCUCCCGCUCAGCGUCCCAUGUCCAUGUCUCCCAACGAAGAUCUCGCCAACAUUAACAACAUGCAGCAGUAUCUGACCAACACCUCGCUCCCACCCCACAUUCGUGGUGAUGUCCACGGAGGAAGUCCCGUUUCUACUGCCUCCUCUGGUUACAAUAACGGGAUGCGUCCCACAUCGCACCCAAGCGGCGGGUAUGCUCCCCCCCCGCCUUUGGAGCCCAGUCUCGAUCAGUUUCAGCAAGGGCCCGGUAGCGCGAGUGGCAGCCCUCACAUUGGCAGUGUCGGCUGGGCUUCCCCCGGUCCUGUUGGGUCCCCUACCGAGAGCCACGGCCAGGGUGCGUCGGUCUAUCCGGACCCCGAACCAUCGUAUCAGAACACGGCUCAGAUGGGCCAGAUAUACUAUGCCAGCGCUGCGACACAGGGUCGUCGGCCCGGGAGCACGGAGCCAGGACAGCGGCCAAGUGAGAUGUGGACGGGUCAGUAGGUCGAAGCCCACCACAAUCCCACUCGACCGGAUACCAGCUCGUCCGAGACCGCCUCCCCCGAGACUGCUUUUACCCCCUCCGCCUCGCUCUCGGAGCUCGAUGCUUAUUAUGGGCAUCCUGUCAAGGUGGAAACUGAUGGGGACACCGGUGCGGGACUUGACCCGGCUCACUGGGACUAUCAGUAACAGCCUGUUCUGAAGCGACAGCUCAGGACUUUGGGCCUUGUGGAUGACUACCAGACCGCUCGGCCCACCCUAUCUCAACUCUACUGGCUCACGAGCCGUACCUAAUAACUUGCCGACGUAUAUCUGGACUGGAUUGGCAAAAUCUUCUUAUACGGGUGUGCAUGCGUCACGGGAGGGCUGGGAGGCUUAUUAUAUCUCUGUGUGUUUCUAUAAUAAAGACGGUCAGGACCGGCGUGAACUACUUUAAUCAUAGUGGGCGGGCUUUAUUCAACUGCUCUUCUUUUCGGCGUGCUUUGGGGUGGUUGGCACUUUUUCUUUUCUCUCUCUCGGGGACCCAUUAGGCAGGCCAGCAACAAACACAAGGUCGAUCACGAAUGCAACACAAAGUUUCUCUCUUUCUCCGUCGGUUUUUCUUCUUUCUUUUUUCUCCCUCACUAUUAGACUGGUAUCACGAAAUGGAUUGGUUCGUCUUUUAUUAUUCUGUCAGUUUUAUGGCGCUCAGUCAUGUAGUUUUCUCCAGCGGAAAGGGGGAAAAGUCAAAAUGGGGUGAAAAAGAAAUGGGGUCUGUGUGUGGGUGGGUGGAUGGGUUUAUUUAUAGUGUGCAACGAACGCGGUAGCAUGCGAAUAAAAUUGUGGGGUUUUGUUUUGAGGGUUGAA